AUGGAGGCUGCACCACGCAGAUUCCUCCUCGGUGUUUGCGUGGUGGCCAUGCUGAUGGCGAUCGCCGUCGCAAACGCUGGGUCCGGCGAGGCGGCGUCGGUCAUCGGCCUAGCCAAGUGCGCGGACUGCACGAGGAAGAACGUGAAUGCUGAGGCGGCUUUCAGUGGUCUUAAGGUGGCGAUCAAAUGCAAGAACAGCAACGGUGAGUACGAGAGCAAGGCUGUCGGCGAGCUCCAAAGCUCCGGCGCCUUCAGCGUCCCUGUCUCCGUCAACCUCGCCGACUGCGUCGCGCAGCUCCACAGUGCAGCAGGCACGCCAUGCCCGGGGCAGGAGCCGUCGAGGAUCACGCCGUUGUCCGAUGGCACCUUCGUUGCCGUCCCCGGGAAGACGCAACAAGCGUCGUCUGCGGUGUGUGCGUCGGUGACAAUCUGCGGCCCGAUCAAGAAUUAUUUUCACGAGCACUUCCACAAGAAGGAAGAGAAGCCGGAGCCGUCAAAGCCCGAACCAGAGCCCAAGCCACAGCCAGAACACCAGCCCCCAACGCCAACGUACGGGUCGCCAUCGCCAACGACUCCAAUCUACCAUCCUCCUGCAAUGCACAUGCGCUUGACCGAUCACUUCCACAAAGACCACGAGCUCGAGCACUUCUUCGACCACUUCCACAGGAAGCCUGUUGUACCACCGAAGCAUGAGCCACAGCCGAAACCACAGCCAGAGAACCAGCCUCCAACACCGACGUACGGGUCAGCAACGCCCAAAAACGGGUCCCCAGCUCCUGUGAGCAACCAUGCUCCGCACAUGUUCGAUCACUUCUACAAGGGUCACCAUCACCACCACUUCUUCGACUACUUCCACAAGAAGCGUGUGCCACCAGAGCCUAAGCCAGAGCCCAAGCCACAACCAGAAAACCACCCUCCCGUGCAAACGUUUGGCUCGCCUCCUCCACUCUACCACCCUCCGGCCAAGCAUUGA